AUGGUGGCAUCACAGUUAGCUGUUGUAUUUUCUAAGUUGCAAACACUAUUUACUUCAGAUCAUGCCUCUGUAGUCUCUUUGAACCUAUUCGUCGCUCUUCUUUGCGCUUGUAUCGUGAUCGGUCAUCUUUUGGAGGAGAAUCGAUGGAUGAAUGAAUCAAUUACUGCCCUUGUGAUUGGCCUUUGUACUGGGGUUAUUAUUUUGUGGAGAAGUGGGGGGAAAAGCUCACGUCUUUUAGUCUUCAGUGAAGAUCUCUUCUUUAUUUAUCUUCUGCCCCCAAUUAUAUUCAAUGCCGGGUUCAAGGUGAAAAAGAAGCAAUUUUUUCGUAACUUCAUCACCAUCAUGAUGUUUGGGGCUAUUGGUACAUUAAUAUCCUGUACAGUUAUAUCUUUAGGUGCUACUUACAUGUUUAAGGAAAUGGACAUUGGCUCCUUGGAUAUUGGAGAUUUUCUAGCAAUUGGAGCAAUCUUUGCUGCAACAGAUUCUGUUUGCACACUACAGGUGCUUCAUCAAGAUGAGACUCCAUUACUAUACAGUCUGGUUUUUGGAGAGGGUGUUGUAAAUGAUGCAACCUCAAUAGUGCUUUUCAAUGCAAUCCAGAGUUUUGAUCUCUCUGACAUCAAUUUUAGAAUUGCUCUGAAGUCUAUUGGCAAAUUUUUCUAUUUGUUUUCAGCAAGCACAAUGCUGGGAGUGUUUGUUGGGCUUGCAAGUGCUUACAUCAUCAAAACGUUGUACUUUGGCAGGCAUUCAACAGAUCGAGAAUUCGCUCUUAUGAUGCUUAUGGCAUACCUUUCAUAUAUUUUGGCUGAACUGUUUUAUUUGAGCGGCAUUCUCACAGUAUUCUUUUGUGGGAUUGUGAUGUCACAUUAUACAUGGCAUAAUGUUACUGAGAGUUCAAGAGUAACAACAAAGCAUACUUUUGCCACCUUGUCAUUCGUUGCUGAGACUUUUAUCUUUCUUUAUGUCGGCAUGGAUGCCUUGGACAUUUCGACAUGGAGAGUAAAUGAUCGGCCUAGAACGUCACUUAUGGUUAGCUCUAUACUACUUGCUCUGGUUAUGGCCGGAAGAGCAGCUUUCGUGUUUCCCCUAUCAUAUUUAGCAAACUUAUCAAAUAAAUCAUCUAGUGAAAAUAUAAGCUUUAGGGAACAAAUAAUAAUAUGGUGGGCUGGUCUCAUGAGAGGUGCCGUAUCUAUGGCUCUUGCAUAUAAAAAGUUCUCAAGGUUAGGUCAAACUGAACUGCGAAAGAAUGCAGUUAUGAUUACAAGCACUAUAACCAUAGUUUUAUUCAGCACUGUGGUUUUUGGCAUAAUGACUAAACCUCUAAUAAGGGUCUUGUUGCCUCAUCCCAAAAUAACGACUAGCAUGCUUUCAGAAGCAUCAACUCCAAAAUCCAGUACAAUGCCGUUUCUCGGAAGUGCCGAUAAUUCUUUUGAUGAUAAUCUCGGUGCAGCUCAUCGGCCGAGUAGUAUUCGUGAACUUCUUGCAACUCCGACGCACACCGUUCAUCGUUAUUGGCGUAAGUUUGAUAAUGCCUUCAUGCGCCCGGUGUUUGGUGGCAGGGGUUUCGUGCCUUUUGUUCCCGGUUCCCCGACUGAAAGGAGCGAACAUAAUCUACUACAUAAGGAAAGUAGCGAAUCGGAUGUUUGCAAUUUUUGA